AUGGCUCCACGUCGAAGUCGAUCGCGCUCGCCCGCCCGGCGUCGCCACGGGAGCCCCUCGUCCACCUCCACACGCCGUACUCGACCAUCUCACGCGUCUCCAUCUCAUCGUCCGCGUCUUCGCAGUCGCAGUCGUGACGCGCCCGUUGCGUCACCUCCAGACGAGUCAAAGAAUGGUGAGAGCUCGCUCAGUAUCGAAGCGACGAACAAACUGCGCGCGUCGCUGGGACUCAAGCCAUUGACGUUGCGUCCGUGUGCAAAGAAGGAACAGACGGACGUGCGUGGAAAGAAAGAGACUACGAAGCGGCAGCAAGAAGAGCUCCAGAAGUCGCUGGAGCAGUCGAAGACGAGGCGAGAGCUGUUGCAAAAAGUUGCUGGAAAGUCACUUGGCGAACAAUUACGAGAAGAUUUGGAAGCUGAGAAGAAGCUCAAUGGAACGGGCGUGAAAAAUGUGCUGGAGUGGGUGAAGCAGUCGCGGAAAGCGACGGCAGAAGAGAAGAAGCAGGAGGAGGAGAAAGAGAAGAAGGAGGAGACAGCGUAUGCUGCGAGUUCACUAGCUGGGAUGACAGUGGGUCAUUCGCUAGACACUUUUGAUGACGGUGAGGACGUUGUGUUGACGCUCAAGGACUCGAGUGUGCUGCAACACGAUGGCAAGGACUUGAACCACGAAGACGAAGAUGAGCUGGUGAACGUUGCGUUGAGCGAGCGAGAUCGACGUGUGGCUCGUCAGGCAAGAGCGAGACGGGCUGUAUUGCCAGUGUAUUCUGGAUACGAUGACGAUGAGUUUGAUGUUGCGAUUGGAAAGGGUCGGAAGAUGAAAACAAGAGAAAAUAAGUUGUUGGCGCAGUAUGAUGAAGAACAGGAUGCUGUGGACGCGGAAGCAGCCAACAAGUUUCGCUUAGACGCGUCGGGAGGGUCGUUGGCAUUGCUGGCGCAGAAGCGUGAGGAAGAAGAAGAAGGCGAUGUCGCAGUGAUUUCGUUGGCAAUGGAUAGAACAAAACGAGCAGAGGACUAUUUCACAAAGGAAGAGGUGGAGAUAAAGUUUUCGAACCACAAGAAGGGCAAAAAGCUGCGCAAAAAGAAGAAACGAUCUCGGCGUCAUUGCAAUGACGAUCUUGGCGAAAAUGAUGUCGAGGAGGUGCGGCUGAACACGCGCGCGGGAGAUGCUGGUGGUGAUUCUUCAUCGUUAAUUGCUCAGUUGGAACAAGAAGUUUUGCAGACUGGUGUAUCAGUGUCUAAAGACCGCGGAAAACGUAAGCACAACCAUUGUGAUGAUGAUGACGUUGAGGAAGAGGCGAAUUUGCAUCGUUUUCAGGAAGCCAGAGACAAGGCAAACGCUGUGGCUAUGGAGGCGCUUGCUGCUAAUACCAGCAGAAAGAGUGUAAAGAGACGACAGGUUGACGACAGUGAGAUUUUGGACGAUACUGCGAUGGUUGAAAAAGAACUUGACGCUUCGCUAGCCCGUGCACGACAAUCAGCCAAGCAGCUGAAUCAAGGUCAGGUGUCCGUAGCCCCCCCAAACAGCGAGGCCCGAAUCGCGCAGCUUGUGCGUCAAAGUAUGAGCAACGAUAGUGACGUAGCCACUGAAGAUGCCACAGACGGCACUGGGGAUGUCACACCGAGCGAAGUCGCCCGACCGGGUAAAAAAUCUGUCGGUCACGUGUUUGGCACAACUGGCACUGCAUUGAACACGGUCGUAUUCAAUGAAGCUACAGACUUCGAGACACGGCUGCGCGACGCCAUGGAAAAGCGUGCGGCUCAGUUCCAGGCAGUACCUGAAAAGAAAGCUGCACCUGUGACUGAGCGUGAUAGCGCGACGGAGGAACGGAAAGCUGAUGCAGAAGUUGAUGAGGUAAUGGAAGUUCAGGAACAUAGCGAGGACGAGGAGACGAAGGAGAAUGAUACUUGGGGGGAAGAGCAGCCACUAGUUGGAACAGGGAUGGGUGCAACUCUGGCGCUACUGCGGAAGACAGGUGAUCUCCACCAGACUCGUGUGGAACGACAGGCUGGUCGAGCCAACGAUGCACGCGACCGCAGCUUCGAGGCCGAUUUACGUAUCAAGAAUGGCGUAAAGCUAGACUACCGCGAUGAGUUUGGUCGCCUACUUACGAAGAAGGAGGCUUUUCGCAAGUUGUCAUACAAAUUUCACGGUCAAGAACCAGGAAAGAAGAAAAAGGAGAAGCGAUUGAAGCAGCUAAAGGAGGAGCUCAAGGCACAGAAACAGCUUUCUGGGGAAGGCAGCACAAAGAUGAUGAAGGUUCUUGAGAAGAAACAGAAACACACGAAGGAAGCUCAUGUUGUGCUCUCGAGUGGGAUAUAG